UAUUUAAACUAAAAGAUCAAGGCACGAUUUAUUUAACUAAAUAUACCCAUGCAUUCAAUGGUCCAAUAUAGUCUACUAUAUUAAGUUACUCUGUAAACAGUACAGAGUAAGUUUUUGAGUAUAUUAAUAUUACUUGUUUAAUGUUCAAUGUAGAUUAUAUACCGAAUAUAUGCUGUGGAAAAGUACAAAAUAACCCUGUCAGCGUUGUUUAAAUGUGAAAAAAUUGUGCCCAGAAACCAAUAUUAAAAGUUUGUUAACGUGUGAUAUAGUGCCGCACCAUGUCCCUAUUUUUGAAGAAAAGGAAAAAAAUUACAGCAGAUCUCGACAAUACUGCUCCAGUGAAAAGGAUAUUGGACGAACUUCCUCAUAAAAACAAAGAAGCUUUCGCCUUUUACUGUAGAAAUCUGCUACAGACAAAAACUGAUGGGUUUCAUUGUUAUAUUCCUGGAUACCCUUUGAAUGGUUUCAGUGAAGAUUGGAAUGGCCAGCUUCUUUCCAGCUAUUUCCAGCCAUUUACAUAUAAGUGUGUGCCUCCAAAAUUCAUAACAGAUAUCCGUCAUGCAGAUAAAACUGAUCCUGUAUCUGAUUACAUGAAAAAAAAGCGAGAUUGGAAGAAAUGUUUAACCACUGCGAGAUCCUCUGCAUUGAUAAGAAGAGCAAAUGAAAAACUAGAAAAGCUCAAUGAAGAUGUUGUUAGGUGUCCAAAAUUUAUAGUCACAAUAGCAAAUUUAUUAGAAAAAGAUCCAGAACCAUACUUCAACUUCAGGUAUAAUUGGUACUAUGCUGGCUCUGGGAACCUGCACCUCAUUAGUUAUGAUGGCAAGGAUUAUAUACUAUCAGCUGAAUUUUCUACUGUAUAUUUAAGAAAAUUCUACAAACAAGGUGUAACUAUUGAAUCAGAACAUGUUGCUAGCUUUGAAUGUGGUGAAGGCAACAAUGUGUUUGAGAUUGCUUGUUCAUCAUGUCAGGACCAUGUUAUAGCUUUUAGAACAAGAAAUAAAAUAUUUAUCUCCAAAAUAACAUCAGAUAAUGACCAGAUUAUUAUUAAGAAAAUAACAGUAUUGGACUCGGAUAUACCCUACACAUCCAUAUCAUUUGAUAAUUUUAACACAAAAGUCUUAAAUGUUUGUCUAAUUGACAAACAUCUGUAUUUAAUUAACACUGAAACUUUGUUGGGAAAAAAAAUUUUAUUAAAAGGCAUUAUUCGUAACUAUGUUGAUAAUUGGAAUACUGUAAUAGCUGGCAAAAAGGCGUACUACCUACAUGUAACAAAGAAGGCAAUCUGUUUAUAUGAUAAAAGGACAAAUCAACUUCUCAAUCCCUACACUAUAGUAAGGAACACAGUGGAUGAGUACAAUUGUAAUGACAUAACCUCUGCAAAACAGUUUGUUAAUAGUGACUAUAUCUAUUUUGGAACAGAUCAUCAUUUAUUCGAAUUGGACUUACGGUAUUACAGGAGUUACAAAAUAGAGCCGGUGCAGCGGUGGACUCAUGGGAUGCAAUUUCCACCAUUAUAUUUGAAUAAAUGCAAUCUAGAUGUGAAUAGAGAUCUGGUCUGUAUGAGCAGCCCGUGGUGUGAGGACAUGUGCGUCGUGCCCAAUUAUAAGAAAAGUGGAUUUGUGUAUAACGCCGAUGGCGGCGUGACCAUACCCUACCGACCUCCGAGCAUCUUGUCGGUACUGCACGAGGCGCGGGAACAAUUGCUCUGUAAUGAACUGUACAAGCCCAUCAAUGCUCGAUUAGUCACCACAAUCAAUGGCACAGCUAUGAACGAACAAGGCGAAAAUUUCGAGAUUCUAAUGCACAGCGCUUUAGGCGAUAUAACCAGACACACGCUCGUCCCUGAUUAUAACUAUCCCUCAGUAGACGAUGACAGCGUUCAAAGGUUGCACGAAUGGUCCAAGUCCUUUGAAUUCAAGAAGAAACCGUUCGAGAUAACGAAAAUAGCGAACUUUGCGAAGGCGUGGAGGAGGUUGCACAGGGUUCCGGAUCACGUCCCAGUGAUAAAGGAUAUGGAAAUGAACUUGUUCGACGAGGAUGAGAUACGUAAAACUUUUGAGAAUGGAGAACUAGAUGUUGAGUUUAAAGAGGCCUGGCUCGGCCGAGAGGCGGAAGAUGCACCCACGUCUAUUACACUUGCUUGUGACGAAUCAAAAGAGUUAUAACUUAUGAGCAAGAAAGUACAUUAAGCUCUGUGAUAUUUAAUUUAAUAGGUAAUAAAAACAGAUUAUA